UUUUGAGGGGAAACUGUGUGACAUCACAUCCGGUUGCCAGUUGUUGACAAAGCGCUGCCUCACUGACUGUUGUGUGAAGCGUUCACAAUCAAACUGGAUAUGGAGGGUUCAGCAUGGCAUCUCUCCCUGAAACUCCGGGACAAACCCAAGGCCAUGUUCCAGUUCCCAGAGUCCGAGCCUGGAGACGUUCAUCCCGGAGGAUACCAGGUGUCGACGCUCAAACAACUGAUCUCAGCGCAGUUAUCAGACGCGCUGCCCGAGCCCGAGCUCAUCGACUUUGUGCACUGUGGCUGUGUGCUCAAGGAUGAUCUCACGCUGGACUCCUACGGGAUCAAGUCUGGAUCCACACUGCACAUCAUCAAGAAGACGUGGCCGGAGCCGGAGGUCAAGCCUGAGCCGGUGAACAGAUCUGCAGCGGCUCGAGAGUUCAGGAUGCUCCAGGCCGGACUGAUCUCCAACUCAGCGUACAGAGAAGCGGUGUAUAAGAUGCUGGCUAAUAAAGAGUCGCUGGAGCAGAUUAUCGCGGCCUCACCUGGACUCAGCUCAGAUCCCGUAGCUUUAGGUGUGCUCCAGGAUAAAGAUCUGUUCGUUCAGUUCACAGACCCGAACCUGCUGGACACGUUGAUCCGCUCUCACCCGGCAUUGGUGAACGCCAUCGUCCUGGUCCUGCACUCGGUGACCAGCAGCAUCUCCAGCCAGUCCGGCUCGUCUCGCAACGCAUCGGCCAGUUCCUACAGCGAAAUGCCAGGAGGUUUUCUGUUCGAGGGCAUGUCAGAUGAUGAUGAGGAUUUCCAGCCUCAUGGAAACCGAGCCAGACAUCAGAGACCGUUUGCAGCGUCGAGACCGACGACUCUGGGUCCCAGUGGAGCGACCGGGCCUCGACCCAUCACUCAGAGCGAGCUAGCAUCAGCCCUAGCUUUAGCCAGCACCCCCGAGGCCAGCACUCCGGACAUGUCCUCUGGCGCUCCGGUCAGCAACAGUCUCCUCACUCAGGCUCUUCAACAAGCCUUACAGGCGUCUGGCGUGAGCUCGCUCCAGGGCCGCUGGCAGACACAGAUGCAGCAGCUCAGGGAUAUGGGCAUCCAGGACGAGAGUCUGGCUCUGCGAGCGCUAACGGCCACGAACGGGGACCUGCAGUCGGCACUCGAGAUCAUCUUCUCUGGAGGACUGUGACCGGCCCAGUUUUCUUGUUCUUUUUUAUUACUUUUCACUGAAAUAAUAAAAAUAAAAAAAGUUGUAUCAAAUUGUAUUUAAGUUUAAGUGAGA